AUGCAGGACCCGACUCAAGCGGCGAUUCGCUCGAUCCUGUCUGUCAUGCCGGAAAUUGCACCCUGGAAACCUUCUAGCCGAGUUACUCUGCUCGGUGAUGCCAUUCAUGUUAUGGCUCCCACGGGGGCAAUGGGGGCUAAUACCGCAUCGCGGGAUGCGGCCGAUCUCGCCCGCCGGAUUGCAGAGGCUGGGGGUGUUGAAGAGGUAGACGAGGCGGUGAUUGGGCAUUAUGAGGCUAGUUUGCGUGACUUUGCCCAAGUAGCGAUUGAGCAGAGUUGGCAAGGGGGUGUGAAGAGCUUUGGGUUGAAGCCGGUCGAACAGUGUGAGAGGGUCAUACUGUAA